CACAAUGGGGAAGGGAAUUCAUAUCAGCAAAACUAAAGCCAUUGUUAUUGCCUUGGCAGUAGCAGUGGCCUUAGUGGUAGUUGGCCUCAUGGCUGGUCUAAUUGGAAAAGAUAGUGUCAGCAGUGAUCCAAAAACUACAUCCAAACCGCUCACAACCAAACCGUCCACCACAACGGCACCUCCAUAUCCCCCCGGUCCUUGGAAUGAGUACCGUCUGCCAAGAAACGUAAUCCCAACGCAUUAUGAAGUGGAGCUCAAGCCUGAACUUUACAAACAGCCGGAUGGUCUUUAUAUCUUCAGUGGCCACGUGAAUAUCACCAUGAAAUGCGAGGAGCAGACUGACGUUAUCCUGAUUCACAGCAACAAGCUCAACUACUCGGACAAUGAUAAUAUCUCACUCUCCGGACCAAACGGAGUAAUGGCCGUCAACACGUGGCUCGCAACGAAAACCGAAUAUCUGGUGGUGCAGUUGAUCGGGGCGAAACUUGAGAGGGGCAUGGAAUAUGUUCUUCACGCAAAAUUCAGGGGCGAGCUUGCCGAUGAUCUGGCUGGUUUGUAUCGAAGUGAAUACACGGAGAACAAUGAAACCAAGAUUAUGGCAACUUCACAGAUGGAACCGACAGAUGCCAGAAAAACAUUUCCCUGCUUCGAUGAGCCUGACAUGAAAGCCACAUUUGACAUCACCUUGAUUCACAAAGCUGAACAUGUUGCUUUGUCCAAUAUGCCUGUUGUUGCAAGGACAGAGGAAGACGACUGGGUCCACACGAAGUUCAACACAUCAGUGGUCAUGCCAACAUAUCUUCUUGCUUUUAUAAUCAGUGACUUUGACAAAGUGGAAGUAAUGGCAAAGAAUACUCAAAUACGCAUUUGGGCAAAGAAAACUGAAAUUGCUGCAGGAAAUGCCGAAUAUGCGUUAAAUAUAACUGGGAAGAUACUCAACUUCUUUGAAGAUUACUACGAUGUGCCGUAUGUCCUUCCAAAGUCAGAUCAAAUUGCUAUUCCGGACUUUGCUGCCGGUGCCAUGGAGAAUUGGGGUCUGGUGACCUACAGGGAAACGGCUCUCCUCUACGACCCCGACGUGUCAUCGAAUGGAAACAAGGAGAGUGUGGCCACCAUCAUCACCCAUGAGCUUGCUCAUCAGUGGUUUGGGAAUCUCGUCACGAUGCGGUGGUGGACUGAGCUGUGGCUCAACGAGGGAUUCGCAAGCUACCUGGAAUACAUCGGCACGCACGAGGUGGAGCCCAGCUGGAACAUGAAAGCAUUGAUCAUAUUGAACGACCUGCAGCGAGCCAUGAGCGUGGAUGCUCUUGCAUCAUCUCGCCCACUCUCCGUUCCACACAGUGAAGUUAUGACUCCGGCUCAGGCAAACUCCAUGUUCGACACCAUCUCUUACAGCAAGGGUGCAUGUAUCCUGAGCAUGACUUCCAGCUUUCUGACUGAGCCGGUGUUUGUAGAUGGUCUUAAGUCAUACCUGAAGGAACUGGAAUUUGGAAAUGCGGUACACGAAGACUUGUCGAGACAUCUGCAGUGGGCGGUGGACAAUCACACGGUGACUCUUCCAGUGCCUGUCAAGGACAUUUUGGACCGCUGGACAAUUCAAAUGGGUUACCCAGUGGUGCACGUGGACACGUCCUCUGGGAAGCUGACUCAGUCCCACUUCCUGCUGAAUCCCAACAGCACCGUCACCCGACCAUCUGAGUUCAACUACGUUUGGUACAUACCCAUCACGUGGAAGACGUCAACUCAUGUUUCCUCAAUCAAAUGGCUAAAUCAAGAAGAGGAGGUGUUCUCAGAUCUUGCGCAUCCUACGUCAUGGGUGAUCCUAAACGUGGAAGCGAUGGGAUACUACCGUGUGCACUAUGAUGAUGUCAAUUUCCAGCACCUACUGAAUCAACUCAACCUGAACCAUUCUGCUAUACCACUUCAAAAUCGAGCUCAGCUUAUUGAUGACACAUUCAGCCUUGCCACAGCUGCAACGGUGGCUAUUGAGAAAGCAUUGGAGACCACUGUGUAUUUGGAAAAGGAAGAUGAAUAUGUUCCCUGGAGAACAGCCCUCAACAACCUCGGAUACAUCAACCAGAUGUUCUCCACCUCCAAAUACUACGGGAGUAUCCAGAAAUACAUGUUAAAGCAAAUAGAAAAUGUUUAUCAGAUACACAAAAACCUCAGUUUUGUUCCCAAUGGCCACAUGGACCAGUAUAUGCAGGUGUACGCUGUAAACACGGCUUGUGGGUAUGGCAAGCGAGAAUGUCUAGAAAGUGCCUUGACAAUAUUCCAGAAGUGGAUGGAAAAUAAAUCAAGCAAUGUAAUUCACCCGAACCUUCGCACGGUGGUAUACUGCCAAGCCCUGGCAGCUGGUAGUAUUUUGGAAUGGGACUUCGCUUUCAAGCUUUUCCAAGAGACUACCUUCCCUGUGGAGAAGGAGAAGCUGAGAUCAGCAUUGGCCUGCAGCACCGAGCCCUGGAUCCUCAGACGGCUCCUGGAGUAUGCUUUAGAUUCAGCCUUCAUCAGGAAGCAGGAUGCCACAAGUGUCAUUACGUCGGUGGCCCGGAAUGUCAUUGGGCAGCCUCUGGCGUGGAGUUUCGUCAAAGAGAAAUGGGACUUCAUUUUCAACCAAUAUGGCUCUGGGUUCUUCUCUUUCUCAAACUUAAUUACGGGCGUCACGAGGCAUUUCAGCACGCAGGCCGACCUCGACGAGCUCCUGCAAUUUAAGGUGGCACAUCCCAACCUGGGUUCAGCUGCGGCCACCAUGGAACAGGCCAUUGAGAGGACCAAGACCAACAUCCAGUGGAGGGACCAAAAUGAGAAAAGAAUCAGCAGCUGGUUCGAGUCCAAAGUCAACCAAAAUGUUAUUUACUAUUAGUUCUAGAAACGAGCCACAUAUUACUUAAAUCGCUCACUGACACUGAGAAAAUUUCAGUUGUAUCCGCUUGAAUAAUUUUCGCUUUCAUCUGUCUACUUUAAUACUGUAUAUUACUUUAGUGACCCCGUGUUGAAAUGUCUCGUGUGAAAUGUAUGACGUAAGCAUCGAUGGUGACAUAGAUAUGGAAGGGCUCAGUUGUGUCUCUUCACUAUGCUUAACUAGAUUGUAUCGAUUGCUUUUGACAGACAUUAUUGAUACACCGAAAGCUACUGCAGUAAUCUUCUACGUGUUUUUUUUUUACCCAUUGAUGUGUUAUGUAAUACAUUUCGUAAGAAGCACAUUUUUGUCUUCAUGAUUUCAUAGAAAACCUCCGCAGAGUAAAGUCGCAUUUACAGUUAAAAAAAACAAGUUCAUAAAAGCAUUCACGUGUAGCUUGUUACCGCAAAGCUGCAGCCAAGAGCUGGUGUUGUCACUCAGGCAAUGUUCAACAUGUCUGCCGAGGCUCUCCAUUUUCACAUUUGGGGUUAUCCAUCAGCCUCGGUCGUAUUGUCUCGCUCAAUUUAGACUACACACAAUUUUUCAUUCAAGAUAAGCACUUGGAAGGAAGUUUUUUUGUUUAAAGAACCAGGAUCUCCAGAGUUAUUUGCAUUAUCCCGUCAUUAUAUUACUCAGGGCACAUUCACUAUAAGGGGUGAUAAUGGUUAGUGGGGACUAAAAGGAGAAAAUAACAUGCCCGAGAAGAUGCCCACUGUGGAGAUGAAGCGAUCAAAUAAGCUCAUGCAGAGGGAUCCUUGUAUCUCAAGGCUAUGAGAGAGAGACAAAACACAGACACGUAGACACACAGACAGACACACAAGCAGAGAGAGACAACACAGACAGAGAGAGGCACACAACAUAGACUUGAGCGUCUGUCUGUGUGUCUCCGUGUCUGUGUUUUGUCUCUCAAAUUUAAUUAAUACCUGAUGACGCCUGCUUGUGUUGCAAUCGAAACGUCGUAUUCAAUUAUUUAAUUUAAUUUCUUUCUACGUGACUUUACCGAAAGAACCAAAGAGUAAAUAUUGUUUUGUUUUCUAAAUUUUUACUUGGUAACCAUGUCUUAUAAAUGUAAAGCAAGACUGUAAUCCCUUUGCCAUGGCACUGAAGCCAAGAUGAAACAAAUAUAUGGUCGUUAAGAUAAUUAACAGUUCACUAUACUCUCAUAAUAGUUAAUCUUACGUUACUCAUCAAAGUGACUUUAUUGGCAGUUAAGUGUAUACACCACGUACACUGAAGUGAAACUUUAAAGGAAGUUACUCUGUUUAGUCCAAUGAUGUUUUGCUUGGACACCGUGAGCACUGUCAGGGAAUGAAUAAAACUCUACGUUGAACA